CAGAGAGACGGCGUGGUGCUUCUGACUAUAGCGCCAUGUUUUCUGUUGUUUUUCAGGAACAUUGAAGCAUGGCUGGGAAGCCCAAGCUUUACUACUUCAAUGGACGAGGCAGAAUGGAAACCAUCCGGUGGCUCUUGGCUGCAGCUGGGGUCGAGUUUGAAGAAGAACUUUUUGAAACACGUGAAGAAUUUGAGAAAUUAAUCAAAGGUGGAACUCUGAUGUAUGAACAAGUGCCCAUGGUUGAAAUCGAUGGAAUGAAUUUGGUAGAAACCAGAGCCAUUCUAAGAUACAUAGCUGCAAAAUAUGACUUGUAUGGAAGGAACCUGAAGGAACAAGCCUGGAUCGACAUGUAUGUGGAAGGCUUGAAGGACCUGAGUGAUAUGAUUAUGUUCUUCCCACUCUCUCUGCCUGAAGAGAAGGAGAUGAACCUUGACUUCAUCCUUGAAAGAGCCACUAAAAGAUUCUUUCCUGUUUAUGAGAAGGCACUAAGAGAACACGGGCAAGAUUUUCUUGUGGGCAAUCGGCUGAGCUGGGCUGAUAUACAGCUCCUUGAAGUCAUCUUAAUGGUUGAAGAGUGCAAACCCAGUGUCCUCUCGGGUUUCCCUCUGCUACAGGUAAUGCUAUCCCAACAGCUCCUAAGGACUGCAGGAGAAUGAAUUCAUAAUCCUUUAAGAACCUACUAACUUCUUUAUGCCAAGACCUGUGCUAGUGAUACAAAGGUGCUCUAAAGAGACAUACCUCAGGUGGAGAGGAGGAGAGAAGAACAUAGACAGAAAACUUCAAUAUAUUGUGGUAAAUUAAAAAAUAAAGCAAUAUGGGAAAACAGAUGAGGGUCACCUGGACCA